AUGGGGUUAGAGGCAGAGGCAGAAGUAAAUUUUUCUGGUGGAUGUGAUGCAAAUGGUGAGCUGUUCCGCGCGGACGAACAUCCCUUGGAAUUACGGCAAUCAUCAGAAGUUGCAUGUAGUGACAUCGAAGCCACAACCAGGACCGCAGGCAAUACUACUACUGGCAAUCAGAAACGUAAUCAUGAUGAAGAUGGGGAGGAUGAUGCAAUGGAGGCAGAUGAAGAAGAAGAGGAUGGGGAGGGCGAAGAGGAAGGGGAUGGGGAAGAUGACGAUUUUGAAAAUGGAGGAGGAUAUAGAUUCAGGUUCUCGGGGGACAUGGAUCCCCUUUCUUUUACAGAACAAGACUCUUCCGGACUUCGGCCCUAUGAGCAAUUCGAGCGUCUUGAGCAUCAGUACCAGGAGCAGCACCAGGAUGAUCAUACCCUUGGAAUGUUAUCAGUACCUGAUCCACCUCCAUCCCACCACAUGCUCCAGGCCGAGGCUCUGGCUCGAGCCCAAGCCCGCUGCAGAGAAAUAUCGGCUAAAAAGCCUAGGCUAGAUGAUGUUUCUGGUGCUACGAUGGAGGAAAUUAUGGAAGUCAUGAAUUUGGGCACAAGGAGAAGAUCAAAAAAGCAUAAGAAAAGGGGUAGACGGAAGGGGGCUGGCAAUAAAAGUAAUCCAGAAGUGACUCGGAAGCUUGGGGAUGCUACUCUUCAUUAUGCCCUUGGCCGUUAUGAAGAGGCAAUAGGUGUGUUGUAUGAAGUUAUUCGUGUUUCGCCGAAUCUUCCUGAUCCAUAUCAUAGGCUUGGACUUAUCUAUAGUGAGAUGGGUGAUAAAAAAAGAGCUAUGGACUUUUACAUGAUUGCUGCACAUUUGACACCAAAGGAUGCAUCUCUCUGGAAGCUUCUUGUGUCGUGGUCAAUGGAACAAGGUGAUAGGGGACAAGCCAAGUACUGCCUUUCUAAAGCAUUAACUGCUGAUCCAGAGGAUAUAAACCUUCAGUUUCACCGAGCAUCCCUCUAUGUGGAGUUGGGUGAUUAUUUGAGGGCUGCUGACUCGUAUGAGCAAAUUUCUCGACUCUGUCCAGACAAUGUGGAAGCAGUCAAAACAGCGGCUCAACUGUAUAAGAAAUGUGGUCAACGAGAGCGUGCCGUUAAUAUGCUGGAAAACUUCUUAAGUACUUGUCCCGGUGAAGCUGAUCCAAAUGUUAUUGAUCUUUUGGGUUUAUUGUAUAUGGAUGCCAAAACACAUCUAAAAGCCCUGGAGCUAAUCGAGAAGUUUGGUUAUUCCAAGAACAAGAUGCCAUUAUAUCUAGCUACUAAAGCUGGAAUCUGUAGUAUUUACCUUGGAAAUAUGGAGAAAGCUAAUGCUUUCUUCAGUCUACUGCUAUCUGACAACAUCUAUGAGCAGCGUCAUUUGAUCUUUGAGGUUGGAGAUGCAUUAUUGAAUCACGAGCAUUAUGAAUGUGCCUUGGAGUACUAUCUGAGAUUGGUAGGAGUUACUGGUAAGAAUAAUGGACACUUACAUUUUAAAAUUGCGGAGUGUUACCGUUAUCUGAAGAAUCACUCGCAAUCAAUUAAGUACUAUUAUAAAGCUUUAGAUGAGCUUGAGAACAACGUUGAUGCCCGAUUGGCUUUGUCAACACUUCUUCUUGAAGAGAAAAAAGACGAUGAAGCAAUAUCUGUUCUUUCUCCUCCGCCGAAAGAAUCAGUGUCAGAAUCGCAAUCUAACUCCUCAAGGUAUAAUGCAUCGAAACCAUGGUGGCUUGAUGGGAAGAUAAAGUUGAAGCUUUCUCAGAUUUACAAAAGUAAAGGGUUGACAGAGGCAUUUGUGGAUGUAAUUUUUCCUGUAGUACGUGAGACAAUGUUUAUCGAGACUAUUCAGCGGAAGUUUAGACCUAGGAAGAGGCUGCCAAAGAGUGUUCUUUCUGAACGAAUUAAAGUACUUGGUGAUGAGAGGACAGAUUCUGUAUUUCAGGGAUUUAGACCUGUAGCUUUACCAUCAGAUCUGUUGAGAGCUUCCAGAGCAAAAAAAGUUCUCAAAAAGAAGGAAACUUUGCGGGAAGCAAAACGAGCUGCUGCUUUGGCUGCUGGAAUUGAGUGGAUGAGUGACGAUUCAGAGGAUGACCUACCUCGACAACCACCCCAGGAGCCUCCUAUUCCGAACCUUCUAAAAGAUGUAGAACAUCAAUCACUCCUUAUCGAUUUGUGCAAAGGAUUGUCAUCCUUACGAAGGUAUUGGGAAGCUUUGGAGGUCAUCAAUCUUACCCUCAAAUUGGCAUCGAAUUUUUUGUCUACUGAAAAGAAGGAAGAGUUUCGGGCACUUGGAGCCCUAGUAGCAUAUAACAUUGCUGAUCCUGCUCACGGUUUUGCUGCAUGGAACUGCUACUACAAAGUGAUAUCAAAGUUGGAUGAUAAAUUCGCAAAGCAUAGUAAGUUCUUGCGGUCUAUGCGAACUAAGCACAAAGAUUGUGUGCCUGUAAUGCUUAUUUUCGGUCACCAAUUUACCACAAUCAGCCAACAUCAGACGGCGGCUAGGGAGUACUUGGAAGCUUAUAAACGAAUGCCUGAUGUUCCAUUGAUCAAUCUUUGCGCUGGAACUGCCUUGAUAAAUUUAGCCCUUGGGCACCGGCUUCAAAACAAACAUCAGUGUGUUGCACAAGGAUUGGCUUUCCUUUAUAAUAAUUUGCGUCUUUGCAAAAAUAGCCAAGAAGCACUGUACAACAUUGCCAGGGCAUACCAUCACGUUGGUCUUGUAACUCUUGCUGCUGCAAACUAUGAAAAAGUUCUUGCGAUGCAUGAAAAUGAUUACCCCAUUCCCACUCUUCCAAACGAUAACCCAGAUAAAAGGAUCAAUCCAAAGUCAGGUUACUGUGACCUUCGUCGUGAAGCAGCGUAUAAUUUGCACCUGAUCUACAAGAAGAGUGGAGCGAUUGACCUCGCCCGGCAGGACUUGUUUGAGAACUUUCAUCCAUAUUCCUUUGUUGAAGCAAUAAAUCCGCCGAGCAGAAAAAAUGAUCGGCUCAGGAGCCCCCUCCCCCCAGCAAAGGCGCAUGUGCAGAAACGCGUGUUUGCUAAAGGCUUACUGACUCCGCCCGUAGCUGUGGAUGCAUUAGAACCGAAAGGGAAAGGUAAAGGUGGUGCCAAAGCAAAGACUGGUGCACAAAAGGGCAAGAAAACCACUGUUGUUGCAGGAGGCAAAACUAAACCAAAUUCUACAAAGGGAGCACCAACCUCAACUCACCGUGGUGAAAGCAUUGUUGCCAAGAGAGCAAUGUUUGAGAUUGGUGGAUCCAAGGGAAAGAAAAAAUUGAGAACAACCAGUUCAUCUACCCAACCGGAUUCUGUGAAAAAAGCUCCUCCAUCUGUGGUAGCUCUAUUGGCUCGUCUAGAACAGACCAAGGCAGUGGCACAUGUGAAGGUAGACGUGGCAACUAGUUCCCCUGAUAUCCCAUUAGGGGAAGCGGCCCAAAAACAGAUUGAGUGUCAAGUUUGCGUUCCACAUAUUGAAGAAUAUCAAACUGCCUACGGCCUGCAAGAGAAGAACAAAAUGCUAUCAGAACAAUUGGUCGAACAAGCAGCGCAACUUGAAGCUGAGAUCAAGAAGACAAUGGCCGAAGAAGCGGAGCUCAAGACGCAGCUGGGAAAAGUUCAAGCCAAGCGACAGGGUUUGGAAACCAAUUUAGGUGCUAUAAUUAUGGAUACUGAUGUUGUACUUGGGGGAUACAUGAGAAUGACUGAUAUUGUGAACAAGCUGCAUCCAAAAAACCAAGAUACUUAG